UUCAGGAGGGCUAAUAGUCUAUUUUUCUUUCUACUUCCUACAGGGGAUCGCAUUGUGAAAGUCAACGGAGAAAGCAUUAUUGGAAAGACAUAUUCCCAAGUAAUCGCCCUCAUCCAGAACAGUGACACAUCUCUGGAGCUCUGCGUGAUGCCAAAAGAUGAAGACAUUUUACAGCUGUUCUCCAGGGAUAUCACUGCUCUGGCCUAUUCUCAAGAUGCAUACCUCAAAGGAAAUGAGGCAUACAGUGGAAAUGCCCAGAACAUACCCGAGCCACCCCCAAUAUGUUACCCACGCAUAGAGCCCAAUGUCUUGGCCAUGGCACAAGUGUCAGAGCCCUCACGCUCUGCCGAGACGUCAUGUGGAACCGGACAAGGAGCAAAUCAAUGCUACAUUCCUGACAUAGGCUGCCGCAUUGAUGUCCCUUUAUCUUCCCCUUCUCUAUCCCAAACCUCUCAGGUCCCCAAAACCCAAACUGUUGUCCGUGUGUUUAGCGAGAAUGUUAGGACAAUAGUAGCAUCACAGGAAUCUACAGACGGAACUCCACAUGUGACCUGGGCUGGUCCCAGCCACAGGACAGAGGAGAACCAAAACGCCUCUUCAACAGACCCAAGCUUAAACAGGUCUAAACCCCAUGUCACUUCAUCUCCGACUGGGACAGCACAAUUACAUCAAAAACCCAAUAGAACUGCAGAGCCCACUGGAUUCUCUGAAAAUACCCCCAGAUCUGCACAGACUUGCUCAGACACAAAACCUGUACAUUCUAAUAGACAAACCUUGACAACAACAGCGGACACUUUCCCAUCAGCCACCUCUCCAUCCCCUUACACACCCUCUCCUCCACCAGCGACUCCCUCGCCCUGCUCCCCACAUCAAAAUAUCGACUGGAGGAACUAUACCACCUACAAGGACUACAUUGAUAACAAAAGACUCUACAUGUAUGGCUCCCGGACAAUUCAAGAACGUCUGGACAGUUUGAGAGCCGCAUCCCCAACAGGUACGGGUGAAUACAGCAAGCAGAAGAGUGCAUCGACAACGGCCACCCCCUCACGAGGCUUUUCUGGAUCACAGCUAAGACAGAGGAGCGCCUCACAUGAUCGGAGUUAUCAGGUAUCCAGUGUGCUGCCACUGCGUAGCGCUUCUCAGGAGAGGCUUGGCGGUGCAGAAUGUGCACGGAAUUGGCCUCGGAGUGCUUCCCAGGAUGCCCUCCCAUCAACUCCCACAGGUGUCCCGAAACCAAGAGCAUAUUCCUGUGAUUACCUUGGUAGGAACAGUGACAUUGCAACAUCCAUAGUGGACAAGAAGGCAUGCUGCAGAACUGAUACAGAAGAGUGGUUGCUUGUGCACAAAGGGGAUGAGGCAAGAGCAAGCAGGCAAUCUUCUUCCUUGCGCAUGGUACCUCACAGAACACAGGAUUUAUUUAGUCCAGAGAAGCGAGGGGGAAGUUACCCAGGGUUGCCCAUCACCCCUCUCUUCAAUAGAGGUACAGAUUCAUUGCUUAACUCCAGAGCUGAAAGCCUGGGUAACAACUGCACACCUUCUGUAAACAGAUCUUCACUGCCUCCUGCGAAAAAUUACGUCUCAGACCCUUCCACUGCUGCUGCUUCUUAUGUAGCUUCUGCUCUGGCUUCAAUACAAGGACACCUCGGCUCCAACACAGGCCUUGUCAAAGACCAAAGAACACCUCUCAUUGCCAACCACAUGCCCCACAAUGCAAAGCAGUUACAGCCCAGAGGGCGGGCUGACAGCCUUCAGGAGCCUGUCCGAGAGGUAAUCCGCCCUGGUCGCUCUUCUUCUUGUUCUGCCGCUUCUAAACUCCAUAGAUCAAAGCCGGGUGGAUGCAAGUCCAUAUUGACCAGUAACGGAACAGUUCAUCAGCAGCCUAGUUGCACAGAAACCCAAGCCAAUAAGAAGGCAGUGGACGGGAUUGAGGGUCCAGAUGCCACUGUAGUUGUGGUUCGAAGGGAAAAGUCUGGAUCUCAACCUAUCCGUCCACAUUCCUACAUUCUGGCAGUGAAUGAUACACAGGGAGUAGCUGAACAACCCCCAAACUCUAACACAUGCUGGUUGCCGAACGAUACCCGGCGGGAAAUGCACAUGAGGAAAGUAGGAGACCAGUGUAAGAUCUCUAUCUCAAGCAACCUUGAUGACUCUCUGGACUCCAUUCCCUUCAUUGACGAGCCGUCAAGCUCCAGUAAUGACCAUGACACCACACACAUUCCUGCGUCUGCCGUGAUUUCCAGCACACCUGUCAUCACCACCAUCCCACCCAGUCCAACGUCCCCUACUCCAGUAAUACGCCGACAGCUGUCCCAUGACCAGGAUUCCUUACGACUCACUAUUCUGGAAUCAGAUUCGAAAACGGAACGCUCCAGAUCCUUCGAUGAGGGCUUGGAUAACUACAGAGAAGAGCGGAGAGGACGGUCGAUUAAACACACCCAUGGAUUCAAGGGCCUUCGAAAGGCUGUUGACCGCUGCUCUGAGGACUCGGGCUCUAGAAGAGACUCUAAUUCAGAUGUCUUCACCGAUGCCACCAAGGAGGGUUCACUUUAUUUCCGGCAGCUCAACUCAGAAAAGAGCAAGCGUGUCGGCAGUAGCAUGCGCUCAUGGAAGCAGAUCUACGCUGUGCUUCGUGGCCACUGUCUCUACCUGUACAAAGACAAGAGAGACGGACAAACCAAUGCCAACUCUCAAAUCGAAGAAGAGCCCCUGCCAAUCAGUAUCAAAGCCUGUCUGAUAGACAUCUCCUACAGUGACACGAAGAGGAAGAACGUCCUGCGGCUGACAACGUCAGACUGUGAAUAUCUGUUCCAGGCAGAAGAUCGAGAGGAGAUGCUGUCCUGGAUCAGAGUCAUUCAAGAAAACAGCAACUUGGAUGAAGAGAAUGCAACUGUUACAAGCACAGACCUUAUCAACCGGAAAAUAAAGGAGUACAACACUCUGAUGAGUCCACCCAGCAGUAAGACAGAACCUUCCCCCAAGGCGUCCCGCCAGUCACUGAGCAUCAGGCAGACGUUACUGGGAGGUAAAGGGGAGAAUAAAGCCACAAGCCCUCACUCACCGAACAAGGAACAUGACAGGAAAGCCAUGCACAAAGAUGAAACCAGCCCGCCCAAGGAUAAGGGCACAUGGAGGAAGGGCAUCCCUGGACUGAUGAGAAAGCCAUUUGAGAAGAAACCGUCUCCUGGAGUCACUUUUGGAGUAAGACUAGACGACUGUCCUCCAGCUCAGAACAACAGAUUUGUUCCUCUGAUAGUUGAAGUGUGCUGUAACCUGGUGGAAGAACGAGGACUGGAAUACACAGGCAUCUACAGAGUGCCAGGAAACAACGCUGCCAUCUCCAUCAUGCAGGAAGAGCUCAAUAACAAGGGAAUGGCUGACAUAGAUAUUCAGGAUGAUAAAUGGAAGGACUUGAAUGUGAUCAGCAGUUUACUCAAAUCCUUCUUCAGGAAACUUCCUGAACCGCUCUUCACUAACGAAAGAUAUGCAGACUUCAUCGAUGGCAACAGAAUAGAGGAUCCCGUAGAGAGACUCAAAGUGCUGAAGAGAUUGCUUCACGAGUUGCCUGAUCAUCAUUAUGAAACGCUGAAGUUCCUCUCGGCACAUCUCAAAACUGUGGCUGAAAAUUCAGAAAAGAACAAGAUGGAGCCACGGAAUCUGGCUAUUGUGUUCGGGCCGACGCUGGUGAGAACAUCUGAAGACAACAUGACUCACAUGGUCACACACAUGCCAGACCAAUACAAGAUUGUCGAAACGCUCAUUCAGCAUUAUGACUGGUUCUUCACUGAGGAGGGUGACAACGAGCCUACGACUACAGUCCAGGAGGAAAGUGCUGUGGAGUCUCAGCCUGUGCCUAAUAUUGACCACCUGCUGACCAACAUUGGCCGGACAGGAACCUCUCCUGGGGAAGUGUCAGAUUCACCAACAAGUGACUCUGCUAAAUCUAAGGGCUCUUGGGGAUCAGGGAAGGACCACUGCAGUCGCGAGUUCCUUCAACCUCGAGUCUCCUCCAUCUUUGCUGCGGCCAACCGCAAACGAAAAAAGCACAAGGAGAAGCUGCAACCCAGCAGCUCUGAUGAUGACCUUGAUACCAUGUUCACCAAGAACAAUAACCCUACUCAGAAGCAGAGCCACCAAAGCCAGGAGGAGGACGAAGCAGGCAGGUCUAGCUCAUGUGGAAAAUCACUUGUGGGAGACAAGGAUGGCAUAAGUGCAGAGUCCACCCCGAAAAGCAAAAAAGAGCACAGGAACUCUUUCUUCAUGAAAGACAAAACCUCUUCAGUGCUCUCCCCUUCACCCAAGCUCUCGUGUUCACCCGGGUUCAAUCGACGCAAAUCUGGUCCUCCCAAAUGCUCCAUCUCAGAUCCAUCCUCACAGUUAGAUGAGACCACAUCAGACUUGGGCACCAUGAGCUCUGGAGCUUCCGUCCCAAGAACCAGACCUCGGAAAUGGGGAACAACAACACCUCCAAGCAUUGAUCUUCUAGCAGCUCCUGGUGGGGCUUCGGUGACUGCAGAGGUCAGCUCUAUUACCUCAGACUACUCAACCACAUCCUCUACCACCUUCCUGACAGGAAUGGAAUCGAUUACAUUGAGCCCGGAAGUCCAGUCUGUGACGGAAAGCCGGGGAGGAGAUGAGGCAGAUGACGAGCGCAGUGAGCUCAUCAGUGAGGGAAGACCAAUGGAAACAGACAGCGAAAGCGACUUUCCAAUGUUCAGCCCUGCCAUUGGUAGACUAGAGAUGCCAAACACAGAAGAUAGCAGCAACACCACACCAAAACUAGCUUGCCGCUUGCUGCCUUCCCAUAAGCUGAUUGAAUGUGACUCCUUGAGCAGGAGACGUUCCCUACGACAAAAGACGGACAGCGAUUCAUCGGUGGAGGCAGGAGCUGGUGGUGGCAAUCAAGGGGUCAGCAAGAAUGAAUCAAAUAGACUGUGUCGAGUUCUGGAAGUGAUGAAGAGAGGCCGCUCCACUAGCAGUCUGAGUGCCCCAUCACGAAGUGAAUCAGACCAGGUUGAGACUCCAUGGCACCUUAAAAUCACAGAGAGGCUCAAGUUCCGUUUACGUGGCUCUGCUGAUGACAUGUUCGGUGUGGGCACACAAAAGACCCGCUCUACAGAGACUCGUGGUAAGAAAAAGGGCAUCCGGCGACGGCAUACUAUGGGUGGGCAACGGGAUUUUGCUGAACUAGAUGUCAUUCAUGAUUGGAGAGAACAGGGCGGGGUGGACCAAGGGGCCGAACUGCCUGCUGUAGAGCGCCUAAGACCCAAGGGUGACUCUCAGAACAUGUCUAUUCGGGAUUGGAUUGUUAGUGAGCAUCGUCGCAGGGGUUCACAGGGUUCGCAGGCUAGCACAGAACUAGAAGGUCAAGCUGGGAAAGAGACAAUAGAAACGGACAAAACCCAUCCUAGAAAUUCUGAGCAACUGAGUUCCUCUGCCUCCUUAUGUUCUCAGUCCAGCUCUGAACAGGUAAAUGGAGGUGCAAAGGGCAAAUCUAGAAACAGCCUGAAUUCAGGGGCUGAUGCUCAUCCUCAAAAACUGUCAGGAGCCCAAGUGGUGCGCUCACGAUUCUACCAGUAUCUUUAAAAAGAAAAUUAUCAUCUGUGUGUAUGUAAGUGAUUCAAAAUGUGUGUGCAUGUAUAGAUAGGCCUGUUCAAACCAAGAUGCAUAUUUGGUAUGAACAUUUGAUCAAACCAAUAAGAAAUGUGAACGCAUCUGAUCAGACUGGUGUGGAAAUUCACAUGCAAUCAAAUCAACACUUUGUUUAUCAUGGGAUUUCCAUUUAUUUCCCAUUACAAAGUAACUUGCCUGGCCAAAUGGGAUUUUGGCCACAUGGUGGUGCUCACAAAGACACUCUAUUGCUAAACAGCAGUGACUUUAGCAGGGGUAAACACUAAACCAGGUCUCUUGUCUCUGUACUUAUAUUUAGUGUCACUUAAUAAGUACUAAAGUCAUUAUCUGUUUGUCAUUUUUACAUAUUAUCUUUAAUCCUAGAAGACUUUUUUGUGCAAAAUCAUCGUUUAGUUUUUUUUUUAAAUUAUUGUUUCCUUAAUCUGAACAGUUUAAGACUUGGCAAGUAUUUGUAAGUUUGCAAUCUGAACACACAAAAAAAGAGUACUUGAUUUAAGUUAACAUCUGUUAAUGUUCCCCCUUGCCAAAAAAUGGACACCUCUUGAAAAUGAAUGGGGAAUACCAAAAUCUUAAGCAUUCUUUUUUCAUUUUAAAUUUAAUAAUUAAAAAAAAAACCUUACUUCAUUCAUGUUUUUUAUUUAUUUAUAAAAUUUUUAGCCGAAAUACAAGAGAUUUUUCCUGUAACAUAAAACAUAAGCAUAUUUUUACUUAAAACAUCCAACUAAACAAAUUUGCGCAAAACCAAUUUAUUUCAUUUUUUUAAAUAGUUAAUUAUUUUUUUUAUCUGAGUGGUUGAAGACUUUUAUAAUUGAAUGUUUUAUAUUUUAAUGUAAUACCUUUUUAUAAGGUUUAAUAAAUUAAUGGGAAACACCAAAAUUAAAACCAUUAAAUAAAUUAACAAAUGAAUUCAGUUUUGGUUUUUGCAACACAUUUCAAAAAAAGUGGGGACAGUAAAGCAUUUACCACUUUGUAAUGUUCCAUUGCUUAUUACAACACUUAAAAGAUGUGGCACUAAAUACACAAAGUAAUGAAGUGUUUUAGGUAUAAUUUUGCAAACAAAUCUUAAUAUAGAGUCUCAGUUGUCGAAUUUUGCGCUUCAAAAUGCACCACACAAUCUCUAUUAUAGACAGGUCAGGACUCCAGACUGUACCUGUAUCCUCUUCCUCUGCAGCCAGGACUUUGUAGUGUGUGCAGAAUGUGGUUUUGCAUUGCCUUGUUGAAAUAUGCAGGGUGAAUUCAUUCAAUUGAUAGAUGUUAGUUUAUCAAAGCAGUAAGGUGUCAUUUGUUUAAAAAAUAGUAUCACACUGCCUAAAUAUAUCCGUUGGUUCAAUUAAGGGCUGCAAUAUGAAAUAAGCUUGAGGAUUAAAGACAAUUAGCUAAAAUGCUAAUGAUAAAAUCACAAUGAAUUGUGCCGAGUAUGCAUGUUGGUGUGAACAGGCCUUAUGAAUGAAUGAUUGAUUGAUUGAUUGAAUGAAUGAAUGAAUGAAUGAAUGAAUGUAAGAACUAAGGUUACUCCACCUUUAUUUUCUGCCCCAUCCUUUUUUUAACAAAGCAUCUAUAAAUAUGAAUAUAUAUUAUAAAUAUAAAUUGUAUAUAUCAAUAUGUAUAGGCUUAUAAAAAGAAUAACUGGAGUGGUUUUAACAUUUUGAGUCAUCCGACUCAUUGUUUCGGAUCAGUACUGGAGCUGUUUUCUUGAAUAUUUGUAAUAUAUGCAUGGCAGUGAAGUGGCCUGAUAUUCAGAGGCUGUACAAUACCAAUGUUUACCGAUUGCCUCUGCUGCUGCAACAGCACAAUUUCGUCCCUGACCUGGGCAGACAUGCAUUUCUGAAACUGUUACUGAAGGAAACUUAUAUCAAUGAAAGAGAAAAGGCAUCUUGUCCGAGGUUAGGACAAACAUAAAAAAAAGAAAACUCCUGAUGUUUCUAAUAUGAAGAAUGUAAUAUGCUUGCUGUUGUAUUGACUAACACAUACAUUGGUUUGUUGCAGUUUUCAUUAGUGAAAAAAACGUAUGUAAAUAAUGUCUGUACUUGAAGUUUGCUUUAUUUUUUUUUUAUUCUGAAGGUUAGCCCUGAUAUGGGCUGUUUUCUGAGCUGUGUGCUGUGGAAAUCCCCUUUCACAGUGCAUCAUAACAGCCAGACAUAAAUGUGGAAGAAGAAUGAAAUCUUUUUAUAUUUCUACAGGAUUGUGAAAGUAAGUGCUAAACCGAAAGCACCAGAGCCUGGACAUCUGUAGCAGUAUCAGACUUACUGGUAUUGCGAUACUGUUCCAUUCGAACAGCUAACGAGUCGUAAAAUCACAAGGAAUUCUGUUUCCUUACACAAACACACACGCAAAAAAAGUGCCUCUUAACUGGUUCUGGUGACAGGAAAGGUGCCAUUUCUUAAUGUCGUUGUUUGUUGACAUGGAAUAUGUAUUGUGAAUGAAUGACUGAAUUUUAUCAGAAAAAAAAGAAAAUAAAUUUUUAUACAAAACGAUGCAAAAAGCAGACCCAGAGCGUCCACUGCUUCCUCAGUCAUAGUCUUAAUUCAUCUCGUGCUUUGCCACUGGAUAGUCUUUUCUUGAGGCGGGAUCGUAAAAAUGUGUAUAUUUUUGUGCGUGUUACCUUUGUCAAAAAGUCUGAUAUUUUUGUCCAGUGUAGUAACCAGCAUGUGAUUCCUGGGAAGAGUAUGCAUGAUGUCAUACCUCUGUGUGCAGAUUUCAUGUGUGACUCCCAUCUGCAAGGAAAAAAAGAAAGUCAGACAGAAAGAAAAAAACAACACUGGAAAUAAAUAAUCUCUGUCAGCCUCUUC